AAAAAAAAAAAAUUUAUGUGAAAAAAUAGAACAGAGUUUAGACAAUCCCGAAUUUGAUUUGCGUCGAUCCAAAACCCUAGGGUUUUCAAUCGUCUCUUCUUCAGUGUCCAAAAACCCCCAAGCCUUGGGCGCGGAGGACUGCAGAGCCCAUCACAAUGUCGAUGUCGAAGAGCUCCAAGAUGCUGCAAUUCAUAAACUACCGAAUGCGAGUGACGAUCCAAGACGGUCGGCAGCUCGUCGGCAAGUUCAUGGCCUUCGAUCGCCACAUGAACCUCGUCCUGGGCGACUGCGAGGAGUUUCGCAAGCUCCCGCCAUUGAAGGGCAAGAAGAGCAACGAGGAACGCGACGACCGUCGAACCCUAGGACUCGUCCUCCUCCGCGGUGAAGAGGUGAUCUCCAUGACCGUCGAGGGCCCACCUCCUCAGGAAGAGUCACGUGCCAAGGCCGCCAGCGCCGCCGCUUUGGCUGGCCCCGGUUUGGGCCGGGCCGCCGGUCGAGGUAUCCCCACUGCUCCACUGGCCCAGGCACAGCCCGGUCUCUCCGGCCCGGUUCGAGGCGUGGGUGGGCCCGCCCCCGGCAUGAUGCAGCCGCAGAUUUCACGCCCUCCUGUUCCGAACCUCUCUGCGCCGCCUAUGUCGUACCCGGCUGCUCCGGUGAUUCGUCCGCCUGGGCAGAUGCCUGGAUAUCCCGGUCAGGGCCCACCGCAGAUGGCGCGGGGUCCACCGCCUGGUGUGCCGCCUCCACAGUUUCCGAGGCCUGGUGGCCCACCUCUGCAAUUCCAGGGCCCACCUCAGAUGCAGUUUGGGCAGAGGCCGAUGGGUCCUCCGCCGCCUGGGCAGAUGAUGAGGGGCCCACCUCCUCCGCCUCGACCCGGCAUGCCUGGUCCACCACCGCAUCGUCCUGGGAUGCCUCCUCCACCUGGUGGUCAAGUUCCUGUGUUUGGACCCCCUCGUCCUGGAAUGCCACCUCCACCCAACCCUCAGAACCAGCAACAAAAUCAGCAGCAGCAGUGAUUGAUCUCUUCCUCUACAACCCCUAUCUUUAAAACUUAAAAUUUGAAACCAAAAGCUCAUUGUAGAUAUGCAGGAAGGUAUACUGUGCAUCCAGACUUCCUUCAUUACCAUGUUUCUAACAUUUUUGAGUGAAACUGGUAGAUUUUAUUGUUUUUCAAUGUUCUGAGAGUUGACACUGUGAUGGCGCUUUUGGCAAGAACUAUAUCAUAAAGGGUUGACAAGUUAACAAUAUCUGAACUUCAAUUUGUUUGGUUUACUGCAAAAAUUAUCCUAUCUAAGUUCAAUGUUAGACCAGCAGUUCUGUAUUUAGUUUAAGGCUGCUUGAUAAGUGAUGUUUAUGAGGUUUUUGAUUGAAAUAUUUGGACUAACUUUUUCAGUAGGACUAAUCAUAUUUGGGGUAUGCCUUUUAUUCUUCCAUCUCGGUAGUGUGUCACAAGCCUUCCCAUAGGCAACCUUAUGAAUUCUUUCUAUGAUGAAACUAUACAAUUCCAAAAUGAUGUCAUUAUCGAAUUGCAGUUGUAUCAGUCAUUCAAACACAACAGUUUUGGGAUUCGCUUAGUUGUCAUUUAAUCUUUGGGUUCUUGGAAAAUUCUUGUUAAGCUUUAUGGUUACGUCGGAGUUGGAAGUUGGGGCUUUUUGCUUGUUUAGCUCUACAGUUUUUCCUGACAUUUUAUUUCUCAAUCCAAUUGGAAAAAUUGAUUGACAUAUGCCUGUAUUACCAUCGAUCGUGUUGUAAGAUUAUCUCGCGGUUUCUAGUCUCUACUUUAAAGAAUUUAAGUUGUUAUCACUUCUAUUCACCAAAAUUACAGCUUUUCUUGUUGCAUUUUGAUUGGUCAUUCCCUUCUUCCUUGGAAGCUAACC